AUCAAGGUAAAUAUCUAGAAGACAAUACUGCAGCUGUUCGCUUAAUAUGAAUUGGUAUAUGAACUCAUACAUAGGAGAAGACAUGGGAGAGGUGGUCAGGACCAGAUAGGACAGCAGAAGUCAAGGCAGACUCUGAGCUCACAGAGGUCUGAGCGGAGGCUGAACAUGGUCUGAUGGACCGCCUCUUUUUGCUGACCUUCUUCUUCUGUUCAGUCUUGUGGGUUUUGUUCUGGGAGUUGCGCUGGAAGAAAGGCAAGGAAAGUCAGAUUGAAGAAUGGCUCCAGGGACACAGCCUAUCCGAAUACAAGUGUUUGUUUGAAGAUGUUCAGACUCUGGAGGAGCUGAGUUUAUGUGUGCUGUCUCGACUGGAGGAAGUAGUAAAGGAAAAGCAUCACUGGAGGGAGAUCACUGAGGCCCACGUUCAGCUGCUCAGAGACUUUGCCUUCCAGGAGUGGCUUUGUUCCCAGAGCCUGGAGCACUACUAUCACACUUUAAAGACCCUGGGCUGCACUACCCUGGAUGAUCUAGCCCAGUUUGACAGCCAGCUUCAGCUCUCUCUGGCAGCGUGGGGAUAUUACUACGAGGAUUACAUUAAACUGUCCACAGGCGUGAGGGUCCUCCAGGCAUCUAAGGGAAGCAGAGAUCAAGACUACGAGAUUCAGCUGGUGCACAGCCUUGCUGAGAGGCGACUGAAUGAGAAGUGGUCUUUUGGAGCUCUGAUAUUUGGCUGUACCAUUGCCCUGUGCUUUCUGAUAAGGGACCUCAUGUUUUACGUGAUUGGUGGAAUAACUGUUUCCAUCAUCGCAUUCGUCUUCACCAUCAAGUUUCUGUGUGAGCUUGCUGCUCGUGUGGUCAGCUUCUUACAGAAUGAUGACCCUACCCGUCAUGGGGACCGCAGUAUCUACGACUAUGUGCGGGGUAAUUAUUUGGACCCACGCUCAUGCAAGGUCUCCUGGGACUGGACAGAGCCACAGGAAGUCGGUCAAACCAUGAGUUUCCGAGUGCAGCUCUUCUACAAAAAUGGCCAGCCAUUUCCUGCUCAUAGACCCGUGGGACUGAGGGUGAACAUCACUCACAUAGAGCUGGCUUUAGAAGUCCCUGUCACCCAGGAAGUCCUUCAAGAGCCUGAAUCUAAUGUAGUCAAAGUGGCCUUCACUGUGCGUAAGGCUGGACGCUACGAGGUAGCUGUAAAACUUGGAGGCUUGAAUGUGGCCUACAGCCCUUACUACAAAAUAUUCCAACCAGGUACAGUGGUCCCAUCCAAAACAAAGAUUGCGUACCACUUCUCAACACUGGUGUUGACUUACGGCCAGCAGCACACGCUCCAGAUAGAACCAAGGGAUGAGUAUGGCAACCCCACCAGUAACUCCAUCUCACUGGUGGAUGAGGUCAAUUACAGCGUUCAUGUCCACCCAUUGGGCACAGUGGAGGAGGAGGAGAGCUCAGAUGAUUGCUACAGCACAUCGGUAUCAUUAAACAAGCCUCAGUGUCAGGUUUUGAUGAGGCUCAACUUCAGGAAAAAAGGCUGCUUUAGAGCAUGCAUCUCAUACAGGGACCAGCCCCUUAGCAAUGGGGAGUUUGACAUCAUUGUGCUCAGUGAAAAUGAGAAGAACUGUGUGGAGAAAAACGUGUCUACUCCCGGCAUAAGCAUCUACUUCGAGGCCUACCUCUACAACACAGGCACUUACAGUAGUUGUCCAUGGCAGUUACUUGCAUCGUCCCAGCUAGCCCUACAGAGACGGCCCUCCAUGGGCGAUGAGGAGGAGGAACAUGACUCCCCUGUAGAGGGUCAGUCAGAGAAGGUCAAGAAACCAAAAAAGGUUUAUUGCUAUAUCUCACCAAAGCAAUUUUCUGUGAAGGAGUUUUACCUGAAGAUUAUUCCUUGGCGCCUUUUCACUUUCCGUGUGUGCCCCGGAACUAAGUUCACGUACCAUGGACCAGAUCCUGUUCAUAAAUACCUAACACUGGUGGUCGAUGAUGGGAUUCAACCUCCAGUAGAGCUCAGCUGUAAGGACAGAAAUAUAAUGGCUGCCACCUUUAUCCGAUUUCUCCACAAGAACAUCGGAGGAUCAGAGACUUUUCAGGAUAAAGUGAACUUCUUUCAGCGGGAGCUGAGACACAUUCACUCAAAGAGACCUCGCACUAAAACCUGCCUGAAAAUCAGCCGUCCUUCUCUGCUUGAGUCGUCUCUGAAGGCCACACGGAACUUUUCUGUGUCUGAUUGGAGUAAGAACUUUGAAGUUGUGUUCCAGGAUGAGGAAGCUCUGGACUGGGGAGGGCCAAGGCGUGAGUGGUUUGAGCUUAUCUGUAAGGCUCUGUUUGAUACCAAUAAUCAGCUUUUCACACGCUUCAGUGACAACAACCAAGGGUUGGUCCACCCAAACACUGAACGUCCCCCUCACCUGAGGGUGAAGAUGUAUGAGUUUGCAGGGCGAGUGGUGGGGAAAUGUCUAUAUGAAUCAGCUUUAGGUGGGGCCUACAAGCAGCUAGUACGAGCCCGAUUCACCCGCUCCUUCUUGGCUCAGAUUAUUGGAUUACGAAUGAACUACAAGUACUUUGAAACAGAUGAUGAGGAAUUUUACAAAACUAAAGUCUGCUUCAUUCUGAACAAUGAUGUCAGUGAAAUGGACCUUGUGUUUGCAGAGGAAAAAUAUAGCAAGUCGGGACACCUGGAAAAGGUAGUGGAAUUGAUAUCUGGUGGUGCUCAAAUUGCUGUGACCAAUGAGAAUAAAAUUCACUACUUAAACCUGUUGGCCCAGUACAGACUAGCCAGUCAGGUGCGAGAUGAAGUAGAGCACUUCCUCAAAGGUUUGAAUGAACUGGUCCCUGAAAACCUUCUGGCCAUAUUUGAUGAGAAUGAAUUGGAGUUGUUGAUGUGUGGUACAGGAGAUAUUAACGUACAGGACUUUAAAGCUCACGCUGUUAUUGUUGGAGGGUCAUGGCACUUCAGAGAAAAGGUGAUGAAGUGGUUCUGGGCUGUGGUGUCAUCCUUCACACAGGAAGAACUGGCACGUUUGUUACAGUUCACCACUGGCUCCUCGCAACUCCCACCUGGCGGCUUCAACACUCUCUGCCCCUCCUUCCAGAUCAUAGCAGCUCCCACACACAGCACGCUGCCCACUGCACACACCUGUUUUAACCAGCUGUGCCUCCCAACGUAUGACUCCUACGAGGAGCUCCACAAGCUGCUGAAGCUGGCUAUCAGCGAGGGGAGCGAGGGCUUUGGAAUGCUUUGAACAUCAGUCUAGCUCUGGCAGAAACAGAGAAAUCUCCAAACCUCUUUUUAUAAACAUCUCACCCCAGUGCACUUUACAGUGUACUGUAAAUGACGGACUUUGAUCACAAGAUGCCUCUGGCAGGAUUCAGGAGUUAUGUACAUAUGUAUCAAAAUAUUGUUCUACAAGAUGAAAAUAAGAAGCAAAUUUGAGUUUGUUUGUUUCUUUGUUUUUUUUUGUUUGUUACAAUAGUUGCCUAUCUUUCCAUAUGUGAGUGCAGACAUAAUUAAAUGGCCGAAGUGUCAAGAUGCUUGUUUUGCAUUUGGCAUAAAUAUAACUUUUUUUAUGGAACGUAGUUGACUGUGGGAUAUUGGGAAUGACUGGAAAACCUCUGCACUUGGGCCUUAACUGAUCAGGGAAGGUUAUGUAUAACUUUUGUUUCAUUUUAUGCUUUAUUUAUACAGUGUAUGCAUUUCCCCUGCAACUGUUCAUUU